UUCUCUCUCUCGUUCUUCACACUGUUACAAAUCCGCCAUUGUUGUAACCUGCUCAAGCUCAAAAUCUUACAUUCAUAUCUCUUCGAAUCUGACUAUUCCCCUGGGCAUGUGCAGUUCUCCCGUUUUACAAGGAAGAAUCCCUUGAGAGUGACCCCAGGUGUCGGUAAGAGGUUUCGAAAUAGUAUAGUAUCAGCAUGCAUGUAAGUGCUGAUAUAUUCCUGAACUGGUGCAGGUUAUUCCUAUUCAUUGAAAAGUAUGGCACUCAAAACAUCCAAACAUGCUUUGUUAAUGAAUCCUUGGGUUUUCAUUUUCUGAGAGACCCCCAAAAAUAUUAUAAUAUGCAGGACUCAAAAUCUUUAUUUCUUUUGACUUCAGCUUUCUCAGCAACUAAACAAAGGCUAACAUUUAGUCUGUAGAACCUUAGCUCAGAUUGGUAUAUGCAUUGUAUUUGCUUCUGUUUGAGUUUAAUUUGUUAAACGAAUUGGAAAAGAUGUGCUAAUCUUUUUAAUGGGUUUCAGAUAUUUUUGUUGAAUUUGAAUGGAUUUGCCACGUCUAUAACUAAGGACUGGGUUGACUUAUUGUUUAUAUCUUGGAAGCUAGCAUGACACUAUGAUAGCAUGUAAAGGACUCUUACUAGAAUGAUAGUCCCAAUGUUGUAGGGGAGAAAUGGGCACCCAAACGCCUGGAAGUAGCGAUCGCACGAGGACAAACCGGACACCAGCAAUGGAGUGCUAUUGUAUUGAUCUUUUGUUAGAUAAAGGAGAAUAGGAAGAAUAGGAUGGGAAACAUAUUCAACAACAAGCUUGGACUGAUAUGCUGACCAUGUUCAAUGCCUAUUUUGGAUCCCCAUAUAAUGAAAAGGACUUGGAAGGUCAUUACACUAAUUUGUGGACUCAAAUCAAUGAUGUAAAGAGUCUGCUUGAUCAGUAUGGAUUUUCAUGGGAUGAUGCUAAACAAAUGGUGGUUGCCAGUCAUCAAGUUUGGGAUGUCUACAUCAAGGCUCAUCCCGAUUCCCGAGGAAUAAUUCUAGGGGAAAAAAGCAUUGAUGAAGUUAAUGAUUUGUGCAUCAUAUAUGCACAUACAACAGCAGAUGGAAGAUACGGCCUAUCUAGUCAUGAUAUAGACUUUGAUGAUGACAUUCAAGCAGUGAAUAUGGUUAUUUUUGAAGUUCUAGUUAAAGGGGAUUACAAAUCCCCUGCUAAUAAUGAUCCUUUGAGGAUAAAUUGGACAAGGGAAAUGGUCCAUUAUAUUAUGGUCCUUAUGUCAGAACAGUUGCACAGAGGGAAUAAGGCCUUGAAGCAGUUGCCAAGAGAGAUUUAAAAUAGCCACCAAAUUUGGCAUCCAAAAACUAAAAUUUCCUUAUUACAAUUGAACAUUAGCCCUGAGGAUGUUCACUCAUGCUGUGGGGCUAGCAUGAAGCGUCUUGACUCUUGAUGUGCAAUACAUUGAUCUGCAUUAUUAGCAUCAGGUAGAUACAAAAGUACCCAUAGAAGAAAGUGUAAGUGAUUCUCAGGUCAUUGCAAUCACAUGCCUGCAAUGCUUAUCCAUUUUGAAUUAUUUCUUGUUUGUAAAUUGAAAAUAUCAAAUUCUCUCCAAAUUUAUUAUUUCAUGGUAGCGAUGGUGGGAUUUUGAUGCCAAAUUUCAUUAGAUACAACUUAUUUGAAUGUAUGUCGGUGAACUUAAGAAACUGGUAGAAGAGGGAAAAAUCAAGCAUAUUGCUUUAUCUGAACCCAGCCCAGAUUCAAUAAGGAGAGCACAUGUUGCGCAUCCCAUCACAGCUUUACAAAUGGAGUGGUCUUGCGGACUGGACUCAUGAUA